GGUGGCUGCAAUAAAACAAAAACAGCUUAACCCGUGAUGCCCCCCUCAAAAAUUAUUACUGAAGUUGGUCCAAAACUACACCUAGUACUGCUCUACACACCUAGUAUUAUAAAUAUUGGUUUUGUAUGGUUUCACAUGGACAUCCUCAGCCAGCGCAUCCUGAUUCUUGAACAUUUUUUCCAUUCAUCUUGAAGCCAGACUAGCACUGAUAAAAGCUUCUUCAUUCAAUUCUUGGUUGAUGUAAUCCAAUGCAAAUCAGCCAUGGCAGACCUCUGCGACCUGCAAAUCCUUGUCAAUCGGCAGCAAACAUUUUUCCUUAACCAGAAAAUCCUUACAAAAUACUCGGAGAAGUUGAAAAGGACGAUCAGACAAGAAAAGAAGAGGACUCAAAUCAGAAGCUCAGGGAUAGAGAUUGAUGAUUUUCCAGGAGGCCCUGAUGGGUUCGAACUGGUUUCCAGAUUCUGUUACAACAACGGGGCGACCACGAUCACGGUCUCAAAUGUGUCUCUCCUCCAUUGCUGUGCAGUCUUUCUUGGAAUGACCGAAAAGAUGUUCUCUUCCAAUCUCUUGCACCAGACCGAAGUCUUCCUUCAACAAAUGUUCUAUUGGUCGUGGAAUGAUGUCCUGGCUUGUCUCAAAAGUCUGGAACCAUUCUUUUCGUUUGCGGAUUCAUGCGGUCUCGUUAAGAAGCUCAUGUGCUUGCUUCUCGCAAAGAUUGCUCAGAAUUCGGACAUAAACCAGCUCAUCGCUUCAUCCUCCUCGGCAUCCUCCUCCCCGGAAACUUCAUCCAGGUUCAGAUGUUCCCCCGCGGCCACUAAAUUUUGGUGGUUCGAGGACUUGACCCUUCUAUCUCCAAAGACGAUAGAGUAUUUCGCGAAGAGCUUAGGUUCAUUUGCUGGCGAAAACAACAGUACAGUCCUCACGAGGUUUCUUCUCCACUACCUUCAAAAAUCCGCCGGUCGGCACAACAAUAACAGUAAGUCAAGGGCUUCCGAGUACAAUGCCCUGGCAGAGACAGCGGUUUCCGGGGUGGUUCUGACGGCGAGAACUUCAUUUUCUUGCAGAAGUUUGUUUUGGGUAUUGAGGGUCGUUUCAGGUUUCGGGCUGAGCAGGAACUGCAGGGCCGGAUUGGAGAAACUGAUUGGCGGAGUGCUCGAUCAGGCAACGCUGGAUGAUCUGCUGGUGUCCGGGCGAGAUGGGGCGGGAGUUUAUGAUGUGAAUCUGGUGAUGAGGCUGGUGAGGCAGUUUGUUCAGAGUGAAGGAGCUGUCACGGUAGAGAAGAUGAAGAGGGUUGGGAUGCUAAUGGACAAGUACUUGGGAGAGAUAGCGCCUGAUCAGAACCUCAAGAUCUCAAGGUUUCUUGGUGUUGCUGAGAGCUUGCCGGACUGUGCUAGAGACUGCUUUGAUGGAGUCUACAGAGCAAUUGACAUUUAUCUUGAGUCUCAUCCUGCACUUUCACUAGAAGAACGUUCAAGACUGUGCAGAUGUCUGAACUACGAGAAGCUGAGCCUGGAAUGCUGCAAGGACCUGGCAAAGAAUCCCAAAAUACCUCCAAGAAUCUCUGUUCAAGCGCUUGCUUCUCAGCAUUCAAGUCAUGUGCCAUCUUCAGCUGAUGUUCUGUUUGUCAAUGAUCACGGAUCGAAUUCAACUAGCAAGAGCAGGAGCCCGCCAAUUGCCUCGGAGAAGCCUGGCAGCUUUGAUCUUGAUGGCUAUGAGACCUUUGGAGAUGAGAGUUUUGACAUCAGACAGAACAUUCAGAGAAUGCAACGGAGAGUGGUGGAAUUGGAGAAGGUGUGCAGAGAAAUGAAGGGCCAGAUGUCCAGAAUGAAAAAGGGCAGGCUUAUGCUUAAUGCAGCUGCAGUUGCUCACGGCGAAGCUUUGCCAAGGAUGUGUUGACCCUUACUGCACAUGCAUCACAUCCCAUAUAUUCAAGUUGUACAUGACUACAUUCAUAAAGUUGCAUCAUCAAGCAUUUCCAGACUCAUUACCAUGAUGGGAAGCAAUCACAUACCUGUAGUUUCCUUCAUACCAUUCACUUGUAAAAGAAUAUAAUUCCAAAAUGACUUCAAAGCAUGAAGA